AGUUGCAAUGGACGGUCAGGAUCAGAUGGAGCUCAAGUUCAGCGGCAGCAGUGAAGUUGGGGGUCUAGAACUUUGCAUUGUGUGCGGAGAUAGAGCCUCUGGAAGACACUAUGGUGCUAUCAGCUGUGAAGGCUGCAAAGGCUUUUUCAAGCGCUCAAUACGCAAGAAGCUAGGCUACCAAUGCCGCGGCAGCAUGAAUUGUGAAGUCACCAAACAUCAUCGCAACCGGUGCCAGUAUUGUCGUCUGCAGAAAUGCCUCGCUUGCGGCAUGAGGAGCGACUCGGUCCAGCACGAGCGCAAGCCCAUCGUGGACAAGUCUAAAGGAGAACAGAGGGAAGGCAUCCAUGAUAGGCAGGCUGCCUACUCCAAGUUCCUGGGCCUAGCUGGCCAGGGACAGGCUGGACAGAUAAACCCGAAAGAGGAACCAAGCGAUGCGUUCGGCGCAGUGUCUCCGGCGCCGGCCAUUAACUUCGCUCUCGCGGCCGCCGUAGCGUUCAACAAGGGCAAUCCAGUGUCUCCAUACCUGACUCCGGGCAACGCUGGUGACAUCGAGGGAGCUCGCAGACAACAGCUAAUGCUGCAGACACAGCUUGCCAAGAAUCUCUUCAAGAUGGGACAGUUUGGUGCAAUUAACGAGUAUCUACAGUCAGCAUACGGCGCGACUCCGCCCGAGGUGCCCCUCGCAGCGCUACAUGCCGCGGCCGAAACACAACCUAAUGACGACGCGGGCGGCGCGGGCAUCCUGAGCACGCCAGAGUCGGUGCAGCUGAGCGUGUCGCUGCCGGGCGCGGCGCCCCCGCACCUGCGGCUGCACGCCGUGUGCGAGGCCGGCGCCCGCCUGCUGGCCGCCGCCGCGCGCUGGCUGCGCGCCGUGCCCGCCGCGCAUGCGCUGCCGUUCGAGGUGCAGGUGAGCCUGCUGAAGAAGUGCUGGCCGGAGCUGUUCGUGCUGUGCCUGUCGCUGUACUCGGUGCAGCUGUCGCUGGGCGCGCUGCUGCCGCAGCUGGUGGCCCACCUGCAGGCCGUGCUGCGGGACCGCGCCGCCACGCACGCGCCCGACACCUCGCACGACAUGGCCGUGCCCGAGAUAUCAGCCAGCGACUACUCGGACGAGCGCAUAGCGGAGGUGACGAGCAGCCUGUCCCGGCUGCAGCAGUUCAUCUCCCACAUGGAGCAACUCCGUCUGCAGCAGAGGGAACACGCGCAUCUACGCGCGCUCUGCCUCUUCUCGCCAGAUGGUGUACCAGACUUCCUCACUCGUAAACUUCAAGACUAUCAGAUCAAAGUCCUCCGUUCCCUCCGAGCCACCGUCCAGGAUGAGGACCGUUUGGCCACCCUGCUCCUCCAACUUCCCGUCCUGAGGACCUUCUCUGGCCCCUUCCUGGAAGAUGUAUUCUUCGUCGGCUUCGUAGGAGAUGUGAGCAUCGAUGAUGUCAUACCUUACCUGUUGAAUGCUGAGCGCUAAGGUGAUGUUAUUGAAGAAGGUUGUGGAUUCUAUAUAGAAUUUUUGUGUAAUUUGUUGUAUGUUGGCCAAGUGACUUACGACUUAAGUUGACGAAAGCGCCCUCUAGUGGCACAGUAAAAAUUACACUACUUGAAUGUAUCGUCGACAUUUUUCACACACAUACGUAUGUGUCUCCAAUAUUUUUCUGUCUGAUGACUUUUGGUAAUUUUUUGUCAUUCUUGGAUAUUGGAAUUAUGUCAAGAAGUGGGUAUUCUAUGUGCAUUUGGCACCUCUACUUACCCGCUCGGAGAGAUAAGGGGAGAUAAGUGAUAUGAUAAAAAAUAUAAUAUUUUCAUGCUAUACACUAGUUUUGGGUAAAAAUUGGACUAAGAUGUUUUGAAUAGUAACUAUCGUGAGACAUUCUAAAUUAAUUGAAAAUAUCGACUUACUCACGUGAAUUAACUCAACGUCGCAGUUGGGUGCGAGACGUCGCCGCGACGCGCACGCUGCUCAUGAAUAAGAGUCCCGCUGUGACUUAAAACUAUUUGAGCUUUACUCAAUUAUUCACGUGAGUAAAUAGUUAUUUACAUACUUAUAAGACGAUUUUUCUAUUCAAUCUUACUAAAUUCAAAUGCAUAAUAUACAUAUCUGCCUAUAACAAAGGCUGGAUUUAAUAUAUGUAUGUUUGAAUAAUCCUAUGUUCUGUUAGUCCAAUUUGACUCAAAACUACUAAUUAAUUAAAGUAUUUUAUAAACUAAGCCAGUAUGUAAGAUAGUACGUUGUUCGGUGCUCUGCGCGUGCGCACGCAAUCAUUCCUUCCAAUAGUUAAUAAUAUUAAGCUGUAAUAUUUUAUUAAUUAAACAUUUUUAACGUAUUUGUAUAAGACAAUAAUUAAAUUUUAUAAAAAUAUUUACGAAUAUAACAUGUUUUGUUAUUAUAAAAAUGAGUUUGUGUGAUGAAGUUAUUAAAAUAGGUGAUUUUGUUAUUUUUUAUUGAUAAAAUUAAAAUUAUGUUUAGUAUAAUUUAGUAGGCGUGCUACUAAGGCUAUGUUUUAACUGUAGGUUUAGGGAAGAUGCAGGUUUAUAAUCAGUUUCAGUACCUUUCUGCAUACAGAUUUGCUUACUAGAAAAAUAAAUUUGACACAUUUUUAUGGAGAUCAUGUCAAAACUACUACGCGAUAUUCGACUCCUGUUUAUAGUCUAAUAGCCUUCCGCGAUAAAUGCAUUAUCCAACACAAUAAAAUUUAUCACAUUCGGACCAGUAGUUCCGUAGGUUAGCGCAACCAAACAAAUUCCAGUUUUGUAAUAUUAAGUAUAGAUUCGUGUUUCUAGUAAGCAAAUCUAUGCAUAGAUAGAAUAUUGGAAUUGUCUGUUAGUGUAUACUUUAAUUUGUAAUUAAUUGUGUUACUGAAAUAACCAGUGAAAUGUAAAACACUUGAAGUGCCUUCCAGUGGAAAGAUUUAAUAAAUUGAUUAUGAAGAUUGACAUUGUUUUGUUUCUGUUUUGCCAUGUUUUUUUCUUUGAUGGGGAUAAAUCUCUUCAAUCUCGCCCUGGGAGGGCAAGAGG